UUGUUGAAAGAGAUAUUCAUCACACUGUUGGAGUUAUGGUUUGGGGUGCUAUAGCUUAUGGUUCCAGGUCACCUUUAACCUUCAUCAGAGUACAAGCGGCACACGUAAUAUCGCUAAAAUGAAAAGACUUCACAAACUUUGGACAUAUCACGAUGCAUCAUGAUCGUAUAUCAACUCGAAAAACUUAUUUUAUGGUGUACUCGUACUACCGAUGAAAGACUCUUGACGUUGAAAGACUGGUGGCAGUGUUAACAACGGACAAUGUCGUUUCUGUGAAAGUAACGUUUUUGACUGUACACGGCUAUGUUGAAUGGUGGUAAUAGUGUUCAUCAAGGACCCGCGCGGUCAUCAAUAUCAGGAUAUCCCUAGAAAGAAAGUUACCUACAGUUCCAAGGUCUUCAUUAAACCCUGUUUGUUUUUUGAACAGGUCGAGCCUGGGGAGACGAUAGCUACUACCAAAGAGGAGGAAUGGGUGAGCAAGAAAAAAACUGAAGUGACAAACACCAAGCAAAUCGAAACAAGGGUGAAGAGACAAGUAGUAUUAGAAGAUGGAAAAGUUGUCGAGGAUUCCGGACCAAUGGUCACGACAAAUACUACCGAGGAUACUGAAACCCAGGAACACCACCACACCGAGCUACGAAAAUUGGAACCAGAUGAGCUGGACUCCAUCGACCAGCACGCCCUGGAGGACGAACCUGAUGGAACCUCGCUGGCGAAGAGGUCCAAUGCAAUCCAGGUCGUCGCCAAUCCCGAUGGGGUCGUCAGGGAGGUCAAAGAGCGGAGAGUUGUGUCUAGAGAGGAGAUCGAGGAAGUCAAGGAGACGGAAGAUGUUCAGCAUCUUGGAGACAUCACCGAUGAGGUAGGAUAA